CGGUGGCAGUUGGUCACCUCAGGGCGGGUUAUGGCCGCCUCAGGCUGAGGGGCUGUGCUCUGCGCUUCUUUCCCUCUCCUUCCCUCAGCCGGCUCGGUCAGCUGGCACCGGGGAAGGGCCGGGCUGGGUUGUGCAGCCUCUGGGCUGGACGGGCAGGGCGCUUGCUUGGCGGGGGGGGGGCUCGGGCUCGGCUGCCUGAGGGGUGAGGUGGAAGAGCCCCUCGCAGCAGCAGGCCCAGCAGUGGAGAGCACAAACGCCAAGCACAAACGCCGUGGGGUUAGAGGAUGACGGGUGGGAAAGCGGUAGGACGGUGGCGUGAGGGGUUUGCUUUGGCUUUGGCGGCUGUGCGGCCGCAGCCUGGAAGCGCCAGCAGGUAGAAGUGAUUUCCUGCGGCAGCAGUCUUAGCUCUUGUCUAUCAAUUUACAAAGAGAUUAAGAACAGUAAAUUUUGCUUUGUAAUAUUUGAGGGCUGCUUAGUGGGUAUCUAGAGCAACUAUGGGAGCUCGAGUGAGUUACUAGUGCAUUUCAGAGAGUGAGAUGUUAGCAGUCAUUAAGGAAACACAAAGGAUGUUAGUAACUUUUUGAGGACAGAUACUGAUAUUAGAUCUGAGGUCGAGAAAACUGUUGUAUAACUUUGAACUGGUUACACGUGCAUCUGCGUGAUAAUUCAUACCGUAGGAAUGUCAGAGCGAGCACGCCAAGCCACAGCAGUACCCACGUCUGGCUGGCUGUCCGGAGAGCAGUGUAAGGACAGGGCAAGCAGAGGGUGGCAUUUCCCCAGGGGACUCUCCAAGCAGAAAUUGGUGAUCAUCCCUGAUGCCAGGAAUACAACGACAGCCAGCCCCCGAGAGCACCGCACGUGGAAGGCAGCGGGGGACCCUCCUUGCGAGACUUCUCCCUGCUGGUGUCUGGAAAGCUGUAAUACUGUCACAGCUUUCCCCGGGAGGUCCGUGUUUUUGUCAGUGACAAGAUGACAAUUCAUAUUUUUUACCAAAGGAUCCAGUGAGUCAUCCUAUUAACUCCGCUGAAAUACAUGCUUGCCAAUUGUCCUGCCACGUUAGCCAACUGACAUCACAAUGACUGAGGACUCAGACCACAGAUUCAGUAGUCUCACCUGGGAUCAGAUUAAAAUCCUGGAUCAAGUUUUAGCUGAGGUCAUACCUAUUCAUGGGAGAGGAAAUUUUCCAACACUGGAUGUAAAGCCAAAGGAUAUCAUUCAUGUGGUAAAGGAACAGCUCAUUGAAAAGCAAAUCAAUGUUAGAGAUAUCCGCCUGAACGGUUCGACAGCCAGUCACAUCUUAGUAAAGCAGAAUGGAACCAGUUACAAGGACCUAGACAUCAUUUUUGGGGUGGAACUUCCAAGUGAGCUCGAGUUCCAGGUUGUUAAGGAAGCAGUUCUUAAUUGCCUAUUGGACUUCUUGCCAAAAUGUGUUAAUAAGGAAAAAAUUACUGCUCAGACCAUGAAAGAUGCCUAUGUGCAGAAGAUGGUCAAAGUCUCUACCGACCAUGAUCGCUGGAGUCUCAUCUCGCUGUCAAACAACAGCGGCAAGAAUGUAGAAUUAAAGUUUGUGAACUCGCUCAGACGGCAGUUUGAGUUUAGCGUGGACUCCUUCCAAAUCAUACUGGACUCCAUACUAAAUGUUUACACAGCAACAGACUGCAAACUGACAGAAGACUCUCACCCCACUGUCAUCGCCGAGAGUAUGUAUGGAGACUUCAACGAAGCAAUGGACCACUUAAAAUACAAACUGAUUUCCACAAGGAACCCGGAGGAAAUCAGAGGAGGUGGCCUCCUGAAGUACAGCAAUCUCCUGGUUCGUGACUUUAAGCCAGCAGAUGAGGCUGAAAUUAAAUCUCUGGAACGUUACAUGUGCUCCAGGUUCUUCAUUGAUUUUCCAGAUGUUGCUGAGCAGCAGAGGAAAAUUGAGUCAUAUCUGCGCAACCACUUCAUUGGGGAAGAGAAAAGCAAGUAUGACUACUUGAUGACUCUGCGUGGAGUUGUAAACGAGAGCACAGUCUGUCUCAUGGGACAUGAACGAAGACAAACUCUGAAUAUGAUCACAAUUCUGGCUUUAAAAGUACUCGGAGAACAAAAUAUCAUCCCAAAUGCAGCCAAUGUAACAUGCUAUUAUCAGCCUGCUCCAUAUAUCAGUGACAGAAACUUCAGCAAUUACUACAUUGCUCACGGACAACCACCUAUCAUCUACCAGCCAUACCCAUUUCACAUACAAAUGCAAAGCGGCAUGGUUUAGGAACACGAUAACCUCCUCAGCACUUACAUGCCUCUCUCUUUCCAGUUCUCUCCAUAAUAAAGGCCUCAUUAAAGCAAGUUAUAUCAUCACUUUUGAUUUAAGGACAUAUUUUUGUGCAAGUUGCCAAAGUUAUUUGGUUCAUCAAUGUCUAAAUCACCUUUAAGCAGAUUGUAAAAUAUGUGAAACAGCUAUCAUUCAUGAAAUAUUUAUACCCCUACGUGUGUUUGGGCUAUACUUUUUUUCUUUUCCAAUGAAAAGAGAAGGAUAUAAAUUGUUCUAAUUUUAUAAAAUGAAAUGCACUAAGUUCUGGGUUCUAAAAAAAUUCUUAAGCCAAAUUUAAAUAGUGUAAAUGAAAAAUUAAGCCAAUAAAAUACCUCUCAGUAGAAAUGCCUGAUUUUAGAAGUGGUAGUGUUCUGGGUACAUUAAAGCAGAUCAUCCAUCAGUUAUACCCAUGCAGUUCCAGCAACAUUUAUUUGCAGCACCUUUUGAAAGUACGCAUUGAUGGGCUGUCUCUUGGUGGUUUGAGCUCGGCUUUACAGGCUCUAGUCUGAUCACUCUUCAGGUCCAAUUAGAGAUGUGAGGUCCCUCUCCUCACCAGAGCACUGUUUAGUAAUGGUUAAUAGGAAACAUCCCUACCAAGAGCAGACUCAGCAGUUUUGUGUAUCCAAAAUUUCCACUGAUCUGAGUGAGAGAUUUGACUGCUUAAGUAAUGCAGCAUUGGACUCCAGGAUCUGCCUCACAGAUAAUGAAAGUUGUAAGAGGUACAACGAUUCUGAUUAAAUUAGUCUUGAAAAACAAGAUAAUAGAAUGAGAAAGAAGGUGAAAAUUGAGCACAUAGGCCUUGCUUUCUAUUGCUAAUUUGUUAUUGAUCAGAGAUGCUUUAAUGCAUAAUAAACAGAGUCAGGAAAAACCCCAAAAGCCCAGGACUGCAUUGUUUUUAGGUGAAUUAAAACAAAUCCUUGGCAGUGGCAUUUGAAAAAAAUAUUUUAUACUAGCAAUGUCCUGUAUAUGUUUAGAUACCUGCACACAUACGCUAGUAGCAAAUGAAGAGUUCUCUUCUAUCAGGAGGUAAAACAUUAGUUACAAGUUUUUGUGUGUGUGAGCGUUUACCAAAGAUAAGUUUUAAACAUGUCACAUAAGUGCCUCCCUGUGCCAGUUGCUCCGUGAAAGUCGUAAUGCUGUUGGCAAUCAUGCUAUAGAGCUCCUGAAUUACAGAAAGGGAAACAUCUGCCCUUGGUACUGCACCGAUGGGUCGCAAAGCGUUCGUAGCACUGAUGGUCAGAGAGGUGUGCACUGCUUGCUUCAGUAUGAGCAGGUUUGGGACAGAUGGAUCUAAGGUGUUCCCACUGAAACUCCUCCGGUUUAGAUGCUGGAUAUGGUACAAGAAGGAAUAGUAUGAAAAGGAGAUUUAGAAUGGGUGCGGUUGUAAAAUUGGAACAGCCAACUGGAAAUGCAAGCAGUAGAGUUUCUUACAUCUGAUGCUUAACAUGUCAGUGUGUCGUACUACGAGUUCAUUGCUUGUACUUCACUGUAUGUCCUCAUCCUCCUCAUGUUUAAAAACAUUGACUGCAUUUUGUCUAUUAACAACAGGUGUCAGGCUUUAGAAAUUUCUUCUACUUGGGAAAGAGUGUUUGAUUUAUUUUACACAGAAAUAUGCUACAUACCACUAUUUUAAAUCAAACAUUUCUAAAAUUUCUAAGGUCUAUGAAGCCCUAUUGCCAGUGAAAUGUAGCUUUCCUUUUUCCCAUUAUAUGCCUGUACAGUAGAACAAAGAGCUGUUUAAAGACAACUUUGCUGACCAUCAUCACUAAAGUCAACUCUUUUCUGUAAAAUAUAGUGCAAAAACCAAUGUUUCUGCAACAUAAGAAGGGUGUACUAAUCUACUUGGAAGCUGAUUUAUUUUGUGAUGUCUUUCAUGAAAAUAGUACUAUUAUUUUUGGUGAUUUUUCAAGUAUGUCCAAUUCUGUGUUUAAAAGCACACUUUAUUUCACUUCCACUAGUAUCUUUCCAUUGGCUAAACUAUAUUUAAUGAAAUCGGCAAUUCUAAUUGCUAUGUUAUCAAAUAUGAUAACACUAUAUUUGCAUGUAAACACUUCUAGGGAAUUACCCCUGUCAGAAGGAAAAUGGAGUGAAACAUGGUGGAUUUUUUUUUUUUUUUAAUUGAGCUGUUUAGAUUACAAAGGGAACCUUUAAAUUUAGUUUGGUAUUUGCCAAAUUAAAUAGCACUGUGAAAUUCUGAAAGAGCCUUAUGUAGGUUAUGUCCCUGCUAACGCUUGUGCUUCAACAAGGGCUGAAGAGCUGAAAACUGGACUGGGCAGAGCCGGGACUUUCCAAGGAAUCUGCAGGAGUCAGGUAUCCAAAUGGCUUGAGUUUCAGGAGGAACUGGGCUCCUAAACUCCCUAAAUUUGUUUGAAAAAUCUCAGUCCGUCUGCACUGGCCUGUGACCUUAAUGUAAUGUAGCCACAUCAACUUGUUACUCCUCCACUCCUGGUUUCCUCGCUUGCUGGGUGGAGAAAUGGGUUGAUCUUCUCAAGAACCGGGAAACAGGUCAGCCAAGAAAGCAUUUUCAACAUGUCACGUAUAGCCAAUGAUCCACUUCGUGAAGAAAUAUUUCAAAAAGGGGUUUUUUUUUAACCAACAGGUAGAAACAUGUAUCACCCUGUAUAAAGGACUGUAAUUCUUUUUUGAAUCAGAUGUUGUGAAGAGUAUCAGGAAUGGUGUACUAGCUCUGGAUCUGCAUAAACCAGCCUGUCUGCUUGUACAGUAACUGCUAUUUAAAUAUAUAUAUUUAAUUCUGUUACGCCUCUGUUUAUCCAUCCAGGUUAGGUAAGGAAGGACUCAGUCAAAGUCCAUGGAGUUAGUGGGAAGAAUCCACCUAACUCUAAUGGGCUUUGUGUGAGAACCCAGAAAAGAGUAAAGGACUUAUGUGAGUACCUAGAGGUAAAGGUACAAAGACAUCAAUAUGCAAAAAUGUCUCAGGUAUAAAUAAACCCUUUAAAUUUAUUGAAAAAGGUCUUGUAUUUCUUACCUAGAGGUAGUUCAGUUUUGAAGGUUAAGUCAGGUUUAUGAUUUUAUAUAUGUAAGUAUAUAUAUCUACAUAUAUAAAAAUCUACAUAUCUACACAUACAGGGGCAAUUAACAAAAUCUGACAGUUUGAAGUAUUUCCUUCCAAAUGUUAUAUUGACCUGGCAGCACUAUUUGACCUGGAGAGGGUUUUUUCAAGGUAGUAGUGAUUCUGUAAACUAAUAUUAAAAAGGGAAUGAUGUUGUAUAGACUGCUGCUUGCAAAACACUGAUAUCAAUGAGUAAGAUGAAAUACUGUAACCUCUUCUCCAGUUGUUACUGAUUUUACUACGUGCAGAUAUAAAUCUACAAAGAAUUGAGAGUUUUCUCAGUCCCAGUCUCCUGAGCUUCAUGUUUACAUUAUAAUUAUAUCUUGUUGUUACAAUUUGUUCAACAAUUAUAAUACCUGGAAAUUGUAAUGCUGAUUUUAUUUAAUCACAUAAAACUUCUUAAGGUUUACAGCUUAAAAUAAUCUAAUGUUGUCAGGACAUAAGUGUUAAAGUUUCAAGUGCUUUCCUAAAAAAUGUCAUUUGAAUUUUGUGUUAUAUUGUAAAAGGUCUAUUUGAAGCAUAUACUUUAUGGUAGUUCCUUUAAAAUGUAAUUUGUGAGCUUUAUACUCGACACAUUACAAAGGUUUUUGCAACGGAUAAAAGAAAUGUAAAAUUGUCCUCAGUCGAUAUGUUAUAUCGUCUAUUGUGUUAUACUGAACCUGCAGAUCUGUGAAAUAAUGGAUCUGAUUUACCACCGCGUCACUUCAAUUUUCUCGUUGUGUAGUUUGACUGAUGUUAGAGAAGUUACAUCAACAUAAAUUCAGAGUUACACAGGUGUGUAUCCAAUAUGAUUUGUAGAAAUAUCUGGAGAAAGGACAGCAGAGAAAGUUUGGCAGGUCAGCAUGAUUCUUACAGCUCAGUUUUUGUUUGAUAUGUUUUUCUAUUAAACUAAACAAGUGGAAGGGUAUUCAGGACAAAGCUGUUGCAGGUGAAAGAAGUAUUUCACUUAAUGUGCCAUCUGAAGCUGUUGAAAAAAUAUUGUAAUGCUAAAAAUGUGUACUAAUCACACUAAUUUGUAGGUCAUUAGUCCACAGUGUCGACUAGUGCCUUUGGGUAUUUGGGGAGCAAUCAUUAAAAUAAUUUUCUUGUUUAAUGUA